CUCUUUCAAGACCAUACAUACACAAUCAUAAUGCUGGAAACUAAUCCAGAUGGAGGGGCGUCCGUAGACGUCUUUAUUAUGGAGGACAAGUUGGCCAAGAUUAGGACUCAAGUCAACUCAAAGCUUGACAACCAAAAGAACUUGGCCCUCAUUUUAUCUGCUGUGGAGGAGAACAUUGAAGAACAAAAGAAUGAAAAGACUCCUGUAGCUUACUUUGUGUCCUUCCUUUCAUUGAUGGACCAAUGUGUAGGUGGUGAUGAAAUCGUUGAUGCUGGUUUGGCUACCUCGGCUGCAUACUUUUUGGAUUUAGUAUUCCCAUUCACACCACAACCAUUGCUCAGACUGAGAUUCGCCGAUAUUUUGACCAAGUUGGCUCCACCUUUAACCAGCAGUGAAGCUGAAGCUCCAUUGGUUAGAUCUACCAUCGGUGCCUUGGAAACCCUUCUUUUGGCUCAAGACCACCAUCAAUGGACUUCUAACAAUGCUUCAGUUUCUCCAAGAAGAGCUCUUGUGGGUCUUUUGGAACUUUCCUUCGACCCAAGACCAAAGGUCAGAAGACGAGCCCAAGAUGCCGUCAAACUGUUGUUGUCUAACCCACCAGCAUCUCCUUCCCCAGUACAUGUAGCUGCACCAUUAUGUGGUGAAUUGGCUUUGAACCGUUUGGUCCAACUCAUGAAGACCAGAGGUGCUGCUAACAAGAAGGAAAAGGCCAACACCAACACCCAAAUCAUCCAUUGUUUACAGUUGGUUGCAUCCAUUACCGCUAGUAACGCUUGGCCACAACCACUCAUUGGUCCUCUUUGUGACUCUCUUCUUGAAGUAUCCAAGACCUCUGAUCAAUACCUUGUUUCCCUGGCCUUCCAAGCUUUUGAAGGUCUCUUCCAAUCUAUGUCUUCUGAAGUUGACCUUGAUAAGUUCACCAAGUGUCUUGAUGUCAUUUUUGACUUAAAGCCACCAGUAAACGAUACUCAUUUGGCUGCCAGUUGGUUGGCUGUUGUUGCUAAGGCAUUGGAAAGCUUUGCCAAGUUGCUGCCUCUGCAAUGUUUGGCUAGAGUUGCCCUUGUUGCACCAAUUGUUGCUCUGUUCUUGGCGCUGGAGCUGAAGGACAUCUACGUCUCUGCAUCUCAAUGUUUAAUUGCAAUUGUCAGUGAAUCUAUCUCAGAUGAACAAUUAGUCAACUAUGAAGAUGAAUCAUUGGAAGAAACUAUUACUUUCUUAGCUGAAUUCACCGAAAAAGAACUUCUUUCCAUCAAGUACCAACAUGCUACCCAAGAAAUUUUGGAAUUCGUUACUGCUACUCUUCUUAAGUUGAGAACAAGAGCUAACCCAGACUUCCUCAAUGUCAUCCAAUUGGUUGGUGAUUGGAGAACAAAUGAAAGAGCCUCAUUCCCAAACAAGGCUGCUGAAGAUGUCUUGUCUGCUGCCAUUUCCACCUUGGGUCCUGAUGUCGUUUUGUCAGUUCUCCCAUUGAACUUGGCCGGUGAAAGUGGUCCAGGACGUGCUUGGUUGUUGCCUCUUCUCAGAGACAAUGUUAGAUUUGCUAACCUUAACUUCUUCAAGUCUAACAUUCUCCCUCUUGUUGAAGUCUAUCAAGGCAAAAUUAACCCUAAGGAAGAAACUAUGCACAACAAGAUUUUCCAAACUAUUAUUGACCAAGUUUGGUCUUUGUUGCCACAUUUCUGUGACCUCCCUAAGGAUUUAACCAAGGCAUUUGAUGACCAAUUUGCUGCCCAAUUAUCCGAUUUGAUGUACAGUAACAUUGAUUUGAGAGUUCCAAUUUGUCAUGCCUUAAAGUUAUUAGUUGAAUCCAAUAUUGCCUACAGUGAAGGUGCCCUUGCUGAUGACUUGUUGAUGCAACAAGAAUUCCCAAUAGAACAAAGUAAGCUCAACUUGGCUCACUUGGCUUCUAAGGCUGCUAACAUCUUGUCUGUUUUGUUCAACGUUUUCCUGUCUACUGUACCUGGUUCCCGUGGUUUCGUUUUGGAAACCAUUGAUGCUUAUUUACAAGUCAUUCCAAAGACUGACUUGGAAAACACUUUUAACAAGGUUUGUGGAUUAUUAAAGAAUGCUAUGGACGAAGAAGCUAAGCAAACUACCCAAGCUGCUCCUAAGUCUGACUCGGUUAAACUUUCUGCCACCAUGAUGGACUUGAUCGUUGCCAUGGCCAAGUAUGUUCCUGAAACUUCCCACAAUGCUCUCUUCUCUAUCUUUUCUGCAACUGUUGCUCUUCCUAAGGAUGCUUUACUUCAAAAGAGAUCUUACAGAAUUAUCACUAAGAUUGUUGAAACUGAUGGCGGUAAGGAAUCUGUUGUUCGCUUCUUGGGUGACAUUGAACAAGUUCUUGUCAGUACUACUGAAACCACUCAUAACUCAGCUAGAGCUUCGAGAUUGGCUGCUAUUCAUGCCGUUUUAGAUCUCCUUCCUAACACCGAUCUUCACUUCAUCCCAGCUGUCUUGCAAGAAAUUAUCAUGUCUACUAAGGACGUUAACGAAAAGACUCGUGAAUUGUCAUACCAAAUUUUGAUUCAAAUGGGUCACAAGAUGAGCCAAGGUGGAAUUGUUGAAAACGGAAAGGUUCCUGGUUUUGACCCUGAAACUCCUUCUAGUGAAGCUUCUUUGACUGAAUUUUUCACUAUGGUGAGUGCUGGUUUAGCUGCUCAAACUCCUCAUAUGAUUUCUGCCACUAUCACUGCUGUUUCUUGUUUGGUCUUUGAAUUCAAAGAUCAAUUGGACUCUGCCGUCUUACUUGAAAUUGCCCUGACUGUCGAACUUUUCUUGACCCAUAAUUCUAGAGAAAUUGCCAAGUCCGCUAUUGGUUUCGUUAAGGUUGAAGUCUUGUCUCUUCCAGAAGACAUUGUGAGAGCUAACUUAAACGAACUUCUUGCAAAGUUAAUGAGAUGGUCUCAUGAACACAAGGGUCAUUUCAAGUCCAAGGUUAAGCAUAUUUUGGAAAGAUUGAUUCGUAAGUUUGGUGUUGAAGUAGUUGAACAAGCUAUUCCUGAAGAAGAUCGUAAAUUGGUCGCAAACAUCAAGAAGAGCAGAAACAGAGCUAAGAGAAAGGAAGAAGAAGAAGAAGCUGGUGCUUCAACCGCCACUGGUACUUCAUCUUCGAAGUUCACUUCUGCCUACGAAGAAGCUUUGUAUGAUUCUGAUGACUCUGAUGAUGAAGACGAAGCCCCAUCUGCAUCUUCUGGUUCUUCCAAGAAGGCCAACCAGUUUAUUAUGGAAUCUGCUGAUGAACCACUUAAUUUGUUGGAUCGUCAAGCUAUGGCUCACAUUUCUUCUUCCAAGCCUAAGAAGUUCGGUAAGAAGGACCUUGCUUCUAAAACUACAGUUAAGGAUGGUAAGUUCGUCUUUAGAGAAGGCAAAGAUGAAGAUCCAUUGGCAAACAAGGGUUCUGGUAUUGAUGCAUAUGUUGAUGCUAUUAAGCAAGCACCUGUGAGAGGUCAAAGAAACAAGUUGAAGUACAAGAAUUCCAAGACCGAAGACGACUGGUCAGACUCGGAAGGAGAAGAAGAAAAAUCUUCCAAGAAGAACAAGGGAGGAAAGAAAUUUGUCAACAAGUCCAAGAUUUCCAAACCACAACCAAAGUUCAAGGCAAGAAAGAAGCUUUAAGAUUGAUAGUGAAAAAAGAAUUAAGCAUUACCCUG